UUUCGCAAGUUGCGCUUCUCCAUGUUCCGCUUCUAUUUAUUUCUUCACCCAUGCCGUAAAUCGCUCCCCCCUCCCCCUCCCCCUCCCUCCAGUCCCUGGUAGUGGAACCGGUUCAACUUGUGAACACUGGUUAUCGUUGUGCUCUGGGAAUCCGUCUCAAAUCGCGUCGAUUUUCAAUAGCUGUGACAUGAAGCGCAGCGCAUCGGAGUUGGCUCUCGAGGAGUUCAUAAGGAGGACGACAAACGGUCCCGAGUUGAUCGAUACUGGAACCCGUGAUAACGAUGACAAGUAUCAGAUAAACGGAGAGAUUCAGAGUCAUGAGCGAGACAGAGCUGGUUUCGCCGAUGAAGUCGAUGGCUAUCUCACCGAUGUGCUCUCCGGUGAUCUUGCCAACUUCGGUCUCAAAAGCCGGGACAUAAUAAGUUUAUUUUCAGGCUGCGGUGGAUUGACAGAAACCCUUCUCGGUUCUCCCCUCCUCGCUUUCAAGAAAUCUAGCAUUUUAGCAACCACGGAUUCCCAAUCAUCAAUAUGUGUUAGCAGUCCAAAGUCAGUCAACAAAACAGAAGGUAGGGAUACUCAAGAAAGGAGAGCUACCAGUGGUUCCUCGCAUGAGCAAUCUGAUGAUGAAGAUGUUGAGUUAGAAGCUGGUCCAUGUGAGCAGAGCACGGACCCCACCGAUUUAAAACGUGUAAGAAGGAUGGUUUCCAAUCGGGAGUCUGCUAGGCGAUCAAGAAGAAGAAAACAAGAACAGCUGCAAGAUCUUGAGUUGCAGGUUGAACAACUGAGAGGAGAAAAUGUGUCUUUAUGCAAGCAGCUCACAGAUGCAAAUCAACAGUAUAAUGUUGCGGAUACAAAUAAUCGAGUCCUGAAAUCAGAUGUGGAAGCUUUGAGAGCCAAGGUAAAAUUAGCAGAAGAUAUGGUUGCUCGAGGCUCCUUAAACUGCAGCUCGUAUCAGCUUCUUCAAAGUCAUUUAGGUACACCACAACCACUUAAUACCUAUAAUCUGCACCGGGUUCCAAAUGUGUCACCAACCAUCACUGUCCAUGGAAAUGAUGCCUCGUUUGCUGAAAUGACAGUUUCUGGGCAGAAUUCUGCCAUUGUCCAUGGAGACACCAAUGCUAAUAAUAGUAACAACAUCAAAUCUGGAAUCUUGAGUAGUAAUGCUGUAAUCACUGAAGAUGCAAACGUACUGUUUUAAA